CAGCUGCAGGAUGGCUUGGAACUUUUUCCUCUCCUUAUUUGACUACAAAACUGAAAAGUACAUUGUGGCCAAAAAUAAGCGAGUUGGGGUUUUGUACAGACUCAUCCAGCUCUGUGUCAUAGGGUACAUCAUAGGCAGUUUGGAGUACACAACCUUCUCAGAGUCUGGGUGGGGCCCUGGAGAGAGUCCAGCCUCUGGAUCGGACAGUCCUACUGGGGGGUGUUAACCCUCAUGUGGGCAGUGAUAAAGAAACUUUGUGGGGUGAUUUGGAGGAAUGCUGAUCUGAGUGGUGUUCUGUUAGUAGACUUCUCUGCUAGCUGUCUACUGCCCAUACUAAGACUAUGUUUGACCAUACUAGUCCAGAGACUGAUGAUACAGUUUGUAGUUGCCUUAUCAGAUCUGCCCCUGUACGUCUUGGAAACUGAGGUGAAGGAGAGAGAAGGGUUGUUAGCUGAUCUCUACCAGUUGGAUCAGAUGGUGAGGUGGGCCCACAGACAGACCUGGUAAUCCUAAACUUGUGAAAUGAACUGAGAACUUCAGGUGGAGGUUCCUGCCUAGAAGGUUUCUCAACUCCCAUCCAUAAGAAGUUUUGUGCAACCUGGGGGAGGUUGGGGACAUGGAGUCCAAGUGGUCCAUAUUUAAAGCUUCCAUAUUGGGAGUGACUGCAUCAAGAGGAGCACUGGUGCCUUUCAUGACGGCAGCCUAAAAACCCACUGGUGAAGGAGGUCAUCAGGUUGAAGAAGGAGACCUUUUAAGCUUGGCCUACUCUGGGGUCUCUGAAAGCAGCAGACAUGAUAUAAUGGCUAGGGAUUGGCAGUUCUCGAAACAAAAACCUGUGUGCAAUUAAUUUUAUUGGGAGAACUUUUAGCGUUCUCCAAGGGUGUUUUGGAAAUCUCAUUGUCUGAGAGAACAUGUUCAUAUAUAAAACAUAAAUGUUAUGGUUUGGUGUGUGGUGGACCCAAAAUGCAGACCAGAGGAAAAAGGUUUAACAGAUUUAUCGUGAAUGUGCUCAGGGGAGGGGGGAAUCCAGGAAUCCAGGUGAGUGAGGGUUUUCUUUCCACAGGGGAGUCUGUGAGAGCUGCAGACGUGCAGGUGAGUGAGAGUUUUCUUCCACAGUGAAGAGUGAGCAUGCUGCUGGGUUUUUUUUGGGCUGGUGUGAGGUGUGGAGGGAGGCACUGGAGGAAAAAAGAGACACAGGUAAGUCAAAAUGUUCACAAGUAAAGCACUGGAGAUCAAUCAUAAAGUUUAGAGCGAGUGUCACUGGUAGUCUGGGAGUGUUGUACCGCUGAGCGUGGCAGACAAUACACUGACGCCAAGACGAGAGGCUGCAGCAGAGAAGUAGUGUGUCUGAUUUGUCAUUCGCAGCAGGUGUGAUCAAUUGUCUCGGGGGUAACCAUAGCAACACAAGAAUGGAGACAUACCUGUGGCCGAGCUGGUGAGGGAGUUGUGAGCGUACUCAAUCCACGGGAGGUGAGAGCUCCAGGAGGAGGGAUGUUUGGCAGCCACACACCACAGGGCCGCUUCCAGGUCCUGAUUGGCUCUUUCAGUUUGUCCGUUGGACUGGGGAUAAAAACUAGAGGUUGCUCCCAGUGAUUUGCAGAAAUCCUGCCAGACUUGGGAGAUAAACUGCGGACCUCUGUCCGAGACGAUGUCCAGAGGGAUUCCAUGCAGUUUGAAGAUGUGUGAGGUGAGCAGAUCUGCAGUCUCCAGCGCAGAGGGGAGCUUGGGUAGGGCGAUAUAGUGCACAAACUUGGAGAAGCGGUCAAUGAUGGUGAGAAUUACAGUGUUUCCACUAGAAAGAGGCAGUCCAGUGACAAAGUCGAGGGCGAUGUGGGACCAGGGACGGCUGGGGAUGGGCAGAGGACAGAAAAGACCUGCUGGAGGUUGAUGACAGGAUUAUCCCCGAGCACAAAUGGAGCAGGUAGCCACAAACUGGUGAGUGUCCUUGGCCAUCCCACCACCAAAAGUGCUGACGCCGGAACUGGAGAGUUCUGGUGCUGCCUGGGUGACAGGUGAGCUUAGAUGAGUGUCCCCACUGGAGCACUUGUGAACCAACAGUUUCAGGAACAAAUAUCCGGUCAGGGGGACCGGACGGAGGGACGGGAUGUUGCUCUUGAGCUUUUAUAACGAUUUCCUCUAUUUCGUGACAAGGCGUCAGGUUUUACAUUAUGAGAUCCAAGCUGGUAGGAGAGGGAGUAGUUGAAACGGAUGAGGAGGAGAGCCCACUGGGCCUGGCGGGGGUUGAGGCGUCGAGCAGAUCUUAGAUAGGCUAGAUUUUUGUGGUUGGCCCAGAUGAUAAAAGGGAGUUUGGAUCCCUCUAACCAGUGCUUCACUCCUGAGGAGCCCAAACCACAGCAAGCAGCUCACGAUUGCCCACGUCGUAGUUUCUUUCAGCAGGAGAAAGCCGGCGAGAGAAGAAUGCACAGGGGUGUAUCCGUUGAGUCUCAGGAUCUCUUUGAGAUAGGACCGCCCCUGCUCCUGUAUCCAAGGCGUCAACCUCCACGGGGAAUUGCAGGGCUGAAUUAGGGUGUCUGAGUACAGGUGCAGAGGUGAGCAGAGUUUUUAGGUGCUAGAAGGCUGUAGCUGCUUCAGAGGUCCACAGGAAGGGUGAGCUUGCGGCGGUGAGACUGAUGAGAGGAGUAGCCACUUUACCCAGGUAUCCCAGUAUCCCAGGAAACCAACAGAGGGGGAGUGAAAUUCACAUUUUUCUGGUUUGAUAUAGAGACGGUUUUCCAGGAGGCGCUGUAGGACGAGGUGUACGUGCUGACGGUGUUCCUCCAGUGAGCGAGAGAAGAUGAGGAUGUCAUCAAGAUAGACAAAGACAAAGUGAUUGAGCAUAUCUCUGAGUACAUCAUUUAUGAAGGCUUGAAACACUGCAGGUGCAUUGGUAAGACUGAAGGACAUGAUGAGGUAUUCAAAGUGUCCUAAAGGUGUCUUGAAUGCUGUUUUCCACUCGUCUCCUUCUUUUAUUUUAACCAGGUGGUAAGCAUUCAGGAGAUCCAGUUUGGUGAAGAUUUGGGCAUAGCAGAGCGGUUCGAAGGAGGGAUCGAUGGGUGGCAGGGUGUAUUUGUUUUUUAUGGUGAAGUCAUUGAGGCUUCACGACACUUAAAUCAAUGCAGGGGCGCAGGGAUGAGACUUUCUUUUUUACAAAGAGGAAUCCUGCCCCUAGUGGUGAAGAGGAGGGGCAAAUGAGACCUGUGGCUAGAGAGUCACGGAUGUAGUUCUCCAUGGCCUCCUGCUCCGGGCGAGAUAGGUUAUAAAGACGGCUUCCAGGAAGAGGUGCACCAGGGAGGAGGUCUAUGGCACAGUCGUAAGGGCAACGAGGGGGGAAAGAGAGAGCCAGCUCUUUACUGAAGACAGUGGAGAGGUCGUGAUGUUCUUUGGGCACUGAAGUGAGGUCUGGCAGAGAGGGGGUGACAGAGGGACGACGAGAGAAGGGAUUGGCUGAACGAAGGCAGUGAGAAUGACAGUGGAUGCUCCAGUUGGUGAUAGUGGCAGUUUUCCAGUUGAUCUGAGGGUUGUGUAAUUGGAGCCAGGGGAGACCGAGAACUAUGGGUGAAUGAGGUGAGGGAAUGAUAAACAGCUGGAGGUCUUCGCGAUGACAGUGCAGUGGGUGACUUUGAUGAUGAGUCUUCCAUCCAGGGCAGUAACACUCUUGGGGCUGGGUAAUGGCUCUAAUGGGGUUAAUUUAUUUCUUCCCAGCUGCAUGGGUUCCUCUGGGGAAACGGAGAGACUGGAGGGAGUGGCAGAACCCUUGGAUGGAUGAGGAGGGGACCAUUGGCCUGAAGAGGGAGCCAGACUAUGUGAUUUAAAACCCCUAUUCUGACCCCGCUCCCUGUAUCUUUCUCUGAGGCGGUUAUCAAUACGUAUAGCUAGCAACCCUUCAAGGGAUUCUGGUUCAUCACGGGAGGCUAACUCAUCUUUAAGGGGAUCUGACAAACUCUUAAGAAAAACCCUUUUAAUUCUAGUUCCCCCCACCCACUCUCCAUGGUGGUCAGUGUAUUCUGUUGUGGUUUGGUGUGUGGUGGACCCAAAAUGCAGACCAGAGGAAAAAGGUCUAACAGAUUUAUCGUGAAUGUGCUCAGGGGAGGGGGGAAUCCAGGAAUCCAGGUGGGUGAGGGUUUUCUUUCCACAGGGGAGUUCAUGAAAGCUGCUGAUCCAGACGUGCAGGUGAGUGAGAGUUUUCUUCCACAGUGAAGAGUGAGCGUGCUGCUGGUUUUUUGGGCUGGUGCGAGGCGUGAAGGGAGGCACUGGAGGAAAAAAGAGACACAGGUAAGUCAAAAUGUUCACAAGUAAAGCACUGGAGAUCAAUCAUAAAGUUUAGAGCAAGUGUCACUGGUAGUCAGGAAGUGUUGUACUGCUGAGCGUGGCAGACAAUACACUGACGCCGAGACGAGAGGCCGCAGCAGAGAAGUAGUGUGUCUGAUUAGUCAUUCGCAGCAGGUGUGAUCAAUUGUCUUGGCCCCAAGCGGGGGGAAGGAGCCUCGAAGAAAGCAAAGUUGGAUACAGCAGCACACAAACAGAAGUUGGCAAAAUAAAAUGAAUAAAUGAUCAAAUCACCACAAUAAACAUGUUCUCAGCAGGAGUGGAGAACUGCUGGUCUGGACUGUUGACCCCAGAGAACACUUUAUGGAAGUCCUUAAUCUACCUGGAGAAGUCCUACAGUCCCUCAAGGGAUCAUGUGGGGAGUACCAUGGGAAUAUGAACCCUGGGGCUGUUGCUGUGUGGGUGUUCUUGAGCAAGAAAGGUUACCAGGAGACAGACGAGGCCAUCCAGAGUUCAGUCAUCACCAAACUGAAGGGAGUCUCAGUGACAAACACCUCAGACUCUGGUGUGCUGGUUUGGGGGCCUGAGGACUACGUCAUCCCACCACAGGGUGAAGCUGUUCUGUUUAUUGUAACAAACUUCAUAGAGACUCCAAACCAGAAACUGGGAUAUUGUGCUGAGAGCCCCAAAGUCCUGGACGGCCUUUGCAAAAAAGAUGAAGACUGUGAAGAGGGAAAGAUGGUGGUGGCUGGUAACGGAAUAAAGAGCGGACGAUGCUUGCAAAAGGACAAAAAUUCCACUGGUACCUGUGAGAUUUACAGCUGGUGUCCUAUUGAAAGAAACUUUAAACCACAAGGACCUCUCCUGCCAAAUGCAGAAAACUUCACCAUCUACAUCAAGAACUUCAUUCUAUUUCCAAAAUUUGCAUUUUCAAAGUCAAAUGUUCUGGAAACAAAUGAUAACUCCUAUUUGAAGAAAUGCCGAUACGAUGAGGAGCUUCACCCCUACUGUCCCAUCUUCCGCCUGGGAGACAUCACCAGAAGAGCCGGAUACAACUUUCAGGAUAUGGCCACAUUUGGUGGCUCCAUUGGCAUAAUGAUCCAGUGGGACUGUGACCUCGAUAAAGGCUACUCUAACUGCCAUCCAGUUUACCACUUUACUCGCCUCGACAGGAGUAUCUCCAGUACAAACAUUGCUGUUGGAUUUAACUUCAGACACAGCCGAUAUUUCAAGAAUGCUGCUGGUGAGAGCUAUCGAUCUCUAUUCAAAGUCUAUGGACUCCGCUUUACCAUCAUGGUUCAUGGAAAGGCGGGGAUGUUCAGCAUCGUACCAACAGCCAUCAAUGUUGCAGCAGGCCUGGCUUUGAUGGGGGCUGGAGCGUUCUUCUGUGACAUGGUCCUCCUCUACCUGAUAAAGAAGGGUGACUCCUACAGAGAAAGGAAGUUUGAAGGAUUCAGAAGUAAGAAAUCCAAUGCUGAUCCCAGUGCUGACAGACAGGAUGCAAUGGAGCAGGAAAAUCUGAAAUCCUAAUCAUUUUCAACAAGAGGAGUUUAACAUCAUCGUGCCUCAUUCACCACUAUCUUCUUAAUACUUUAAUUUGUUCUUCAGGAAGAGAGAAACUUUCUAAGUGAAUUAUUUGCACCUGUGUUCCUGAAUUGGUGAAUGCCAUGUCCUUGUAAGCUGGAAGCUCAUACGCACUUUUCCUGUUUUUCCUAUGCCCCUUUUACGCCCAUGAACGGGAACAAGACUGCAGGACAGUAAGCAAACACAGAAGAAGUAACAACAUAUCAGAAAUGUCCACAUUACACUGAAAAACAAUCACACACUGGACUUGAAGUUUUAGAAAUAAUUGCAGAGGUGUAAAGUAGAUGUAGUGCUACUCCAAAUGAAACUGAAUCUAAAAAAGGAAGAUUAAAUUAUAUAUUUAGCACCAAUAGUAAAAAUAAAUAUAUGCUAUAAAUACAUUAUUGGAUGAUAUCUGUGGGUCAGGAAUGAUGUGCAUCAUGCUGUAACAAGAAAAAGAGACAUUCCAGAUAAAUCAAACAUUAGUUGACUCUCAGGUGGGUUCAAACAGCAAAUGUCUUUAAAAAGGCCCAAGGCACACUAAAGGUUUUCUAUUAAAUGCCUUUAACAUGAAAACAAAUUGCUGCCACAUUGCGACCGUCUCAGGUCUUCAUCAAGGCCAUCGUCAGUGUUUCCCAGCCACUGCUGCAACCACCUCCUUACAACAUAAUCUGUCUAAAAUAUUUAUUUAAAAUAAACUUAGAUGAUACCUAGCACACAUUCUUCAGGCAUUCCUGGCAUAUAUAAAAACAACUUCUAAUAACAAAGGCAUUUCAAAUAAAAACAACCUAAUUUUUGACCCAAUUUUGCAGCCAUAGGUUAAACAAGCCAGGUUUAAAAAGGACAUGAGCUCUGGUUAACUUUCCUGACAGAGGCCUCCCAUCUAUCACGCUGUGGUUUGACACAUUCCUGUCAAGUGCACUCAUCUGUCAUCAUGCACACAUUAUGCACCUAUGGGCAGCUGUCAGCUCUGUAACACAACAUACUUCUCUGAAGGAUUUGACUCUCUUAUCACCAACAUUUCUACUGUCAGCCAUCAUUAGGGUCACUGAAGUAAAAGAGUACUGCAGCAGGGGCUCAUUAUUUCAGGCCAAGUGGUUUUUCUGGACCCUUUAUGGAAACUUAAGGUGUUUAGACAACAAGACUCUCAGAAUGACUCAAUGCGUCUAGGAUGCUUUUAUAGCUACAGCUUGUUUGCUUUGUUCUGAUUCAGAUAAUAUGAUGACACAUCGUUGAGUUUUCCCCAUGGUUUCAUUUUGUGUUCACACUGCAGUAUUAAAUUCAGGCCAAAGAACACUUCAGUAAAGGGGUUUUUCCUUACACCAUAACAUCACAGCCUCCUUUUCCCACUGCAGAGGUAAACAAAUGUCCUGCAUGGUUGGUCAUGCAUUGUGGGAUGACUCAAAGAUGCUAGUUAGCCAAGCUGGUCCCUAAUCCCUGUCCGAACACAACAUAACUGCGCUGUUCCUUCAUCCCAUUUACCUGCACCACCAAAUCAUUCCCCCAGAUGAUUUCGUUAUCACUUUUUGUUUUCGAUUUCUGUUUAGUUUUUACCGCUGGGCUUUUUAGUUAAGUUUAGUUUUUAUGAGAUGUAACAUUUUUGUCAAGAUUUUAUACUUGCACUGAUUUAAAAAAAAAAAAAAUCUUGACUGUAAUAUCAAAUGUGUUUCUUGGCAAUGUUUUUCUCCAUCUUCAUUUCCGAUAUUUUGUGAUUUCAGUUGAAUGAAUUCACACUGCUUGUUUGUAAAUGUACCAAUAAAGAUUUAAAUG